AUGAGCGUUUCGCCGGAGCCCAAGGCCCUCGGGAAGCAGGUCCAGAGCAUCCUGCAAACGCAGCCUCAGGUCAUACAGCUGAAUGUCGGAGGGGAGAUAUUUACAACUACACUGAGCACCUUGAAGAAACACCCAGCCUCCAAACUGGCUGAGAUGCUUGUUGGUGGCCAGUCAAAGUUCCAGAUGGACUCUGAGGGGCGCUACUUCAUCGACCGGCCUGGGACGUAUUUUGCGUACAUCUUGGAAUUUCUGCGCAGUGCCCAGGUGCCCAGGCAGUGUGUCCAGGAAGUGUACAAGGAAGCCCUCUUUUAUGAAAUCAAGCCAUUGAUCAAACAGCUAGAAGAUUCCCCUCAGAUUUUUGGGGAGGUGGUGGCCCGGAAGCAGUUCCUAGCCCGGGUGCCCAACUACCCCGAGAACCUCGAGCUGAUGAUCCGCAUCGCCCGGGCAGAAGCAGUGGCCUCCCGCCAGUCCAGCGUCAUGGUGUGCGUCAUGAAGACAGAGGAGGAUGUCAGCAAAUGCUACGACACCCUCAACAGUUUGGACACGCUGAAGAAGUCGGUGGUCAGCUUUGGCCCCUGGAAGGCCUCGCCGAGCAUUUGGGACCUCUUGGACUGCAUCCAGAUGGAUGUGGAGGCCAAGGGUUACAAGGUCUCCUACAAACCCUACGGGCCAGAGAAGGGCUUCCGCUUCAAAUCCAGCGAAGCCUUCUUCACAUUUUCCUUCACAUGGUGGUAG